CGCGACAACAACGCGACGGCGCAGUUUUGGUUAGCAUGUUGUGUUAACGUAAUCUUGUGGAAUAUUCUGAGAUCUUUGACUUUAUUUGGCCAACAUGUCUCUGUAUGAUGAUUUGGGAGUUGCCACCAGCGAUGCAAAAACUGAAGGCUGGUCGAAGAACUUUAAAUUGCUGCAGUCCCAGCUCAAAGUGAAGAAAGCUGCCCUGACACAGGCAAAGACACAGAGGAUGAGGCAGUCAAAUGUUCUGGCCCCUGUUAUUGAUUUGAAGCGGGGAAGCGGAGGAGAAGAACGACAGAUCUCGGACACGCCUCCACACGCAGCUGCGGGGAUGAAGGACUCUGCACCUUCUGGCUUCUCUUCAGGAGACGUUCUGAUCCCGCUCGCUGAUGAAUACGAUCCCAUGUUCCCCAACGAUUAUGAGAAAGUGGUGAAAAGACAACGUGAGGAGCGCCAGAGGCAGAGAGAGCAGGAGCGGCAGAAGGAGAUUGAAGAGAGGGAGAAAAAACGCAAAGAGCGUCACGAAGGAGGCGCACCCAGCGGUUUCUCCCGCUUCCCGUCAGAGGCAGACUCCGAUGAAGACGAGGAGUAUGAGAAAGAGAAAAGGAAGAGAAGUUUGGGCGGAGCCGCAAUCGCACCUCCCUCAUCUCUGGUAGAGAAGGACUCAUCAGCGUCAUACUCGUAUGAAGAGGAGGCUCGUCAGCGGUCCAAAGCAGCGAUUCCUCCCCCUGUUUUUGAGGACUUGGAGAGACCGCGCUCGCCCCCAGGACCCACCAGCUCCUUCCUGGCAAACAUGGGAGGGACGGUGGCUCACAAGAUUAUGCAGAAAUAUGGCUUUCGGGAAGGCCAGGGCCUGGGAAAACAUGAACAGGGGCUGAGUACAGCUCUGUCAGUGGAGAAGACGAGCAAACGGGGCGGGAAGAUCAUCAUUGGCGACUCGACGGAAAAGGCUGGAGCAUCCAGUCAGAGUGCAGCUGAUAUACCAGGCUUUAUUGCAGGAGCAACAGAUGCAAAGAAGAAUGAUGUCAACCCUCUUACUGAGAUCCUCAAAUGCCCUACGAAGGUGGUGUUAUUGCGGAACAUGGUGGGAAGAGGAGAAGUGGAUGAAGACCUAGAGGCUGAAACAAAAGAGGAAUGUGAGAAAUAUGGCAAAGUCAUCAAGUGUGUUAUCUUCGAGAUCGCGGUUGUGCCAGAUGACGAGGCGGUGAGAAUAUUUCUGGAGUUUGAACGGGUUGAGUCAGCCAUUAAAGCCGUGGUGGAUCUAAACGGAAGAUACUUUGGAGGUCGAGUGGUCAAAGCCUGCUUCUAUAACCUGGACAAAUUCCGUGUGUUAGAUCUGGGAGAACCGGUGUGAGUCAUACAAGCAGCAGAAUAUCUCCACUUUCUCUAUGUGAAAAUUCAAGGAAAAGGAAAAAAACACCUCUUUGUACAUAGCAUGUAUGUUUUUCUGUAUUUCAUUUUGUUUAUGAUGAAUAUUGAAAUAUUUUAGCUGCACGCUAAUUUUUUUUUUUUUUAUUUGUUAACUGAUUCCUCCGUGUCUUCAGUUCAGUGUGUAUUACAAGAAAGAAACGUCUCAUUCUCAAAUAUGAAGCAUACUGUGUUGUAGAAACCAGGAAAUAAACAGUGUAUUUUGGAAA